AAUAUAUGAAGCCACACCCCUCAAAACUCCCUCGAAGGGAAUAGAAGCACAAGAUCCCAUAACAAUGGUGGAAGAAGAAACAAAAAAGAUAAUGGCAGCUCUCUCAACCCUCAACCCAACACAGCUCCGAGUUCUAACUCACUCCAUCCUCAACCUCUCUUGUCACCAUCUUCACCGUCUCUCCUCCAUCCUCUCCUCUCCGUCUCUCUUCUCUCUAACCAUCCACCAUCUCAUCUCCCUCUCUCCCUCCUCCAAAUCUCUUCUCAUCGCUCGCCACCUCCUCUCCCUCCUCCGCCUCCUUCUUCUCCACUUCCACCCCCAAGAUCGGCCGCAUCUCUCCUCCGGACCUCCCGCCAUCAAACUCCGAGACCUUGAUGCCGUCUUGCUCUUGCUCUUCAUCUGUGAAACCCACCAUCACCACCCACAAACCCUUCUGGCCGGUGACCCAUCUGAGUGGCGCGAAAGCUUGAGUAAAACCUUCUCCCACGCCAUGUUAAGUAAUUUGUCUGAAAUUGGGGGAUACAAUGGUGGAGUGUUGAUUACUUAUGCUGAGACGGUGAGUAGGUGUUUGAGAUUUGUUAGGAUGGUUGAUAGUUGUAGUGGUGGCCGGAUGGAGCGGAAAGAGGCUGCAGCGUCGCCGGCGACGGUGGUGGGAUUACCGACAGUGGAGGUGAGUGGUGGUGGUGUAGGUUUGGAGUACUGUACUGUAUGUAAAGAAGAAAUGAGAGAAGGAAGAGAGGUGUGUGAGUUGCCAUGUAAACAUUUAUUCCAUUGGAAGUGCAUAUUGCCAUGGUUGAAGAAGAAGAAUACAUGUCCAUGUUGCAGGUUUCAGCUUCCUACUGAUGAUGUGUUUGAAGAGAUCCAACGGCUGUGGGAGGUUCUGAUCAGGGCGGGUGGUGGUGGGAGUUUUGACUUUUGAUGGAGAAUAUUGUUGGAGGUGAUGAUCAUGGUUAGGGGUUUAGAGGAGCGCACGUGGCAGAAUUGGAUUGGAGAUUAUCAAAGGAGCAGUGAGGGUUGGAAGAUUGAAUGGUAUGAGUUGGUUGUAGGUGAUUUUCUUUUUAAUAUUUUGACAAAGACUCGUGUGGCUAAAGACUAUGAGCAAUCUUGUACAUUUAUAA